AUAGCCUUUCGAUACUCCGUACACGUCUGGCAGAUUGGCAAAACCUUCUUCUACAUUGUCUUCUUCUCGACAUCACACGAAUAUCGAAAGUGCGUGACAACAGUCUGUCGCCCUUGUCACAAAUUUCAUCAUGCCCGUUAAUCAUAAAACGGUAGAAGUAGCUAACGCUGCUACAGACUCUUUACAACUGUGUUACGGUGGCACCCAGAUCCUCCUGUCAUGGGCGUUGAUGUAUCCCACGACUGCAAGCGCAAGGUCUGGUCUUGAUUCAAAUCUUCGAAGACAUUUCGCAUCAUCGCUUGUAAACACUCAAGCUUUCAUGCCAUACGUUGCGGCCAUGGGCAAGGGAUCAUUGAAUGGACUUUUGCCUCGGCGUGUGUUCCAACCCGUAUGUGGCGGCCGUAUCUUCACUAAUAUGCUUCAACUAAGACGCGCGCACGCAAUUGAUUAUUUGUGGGAUUAUCUCAUCUACCUCUUCCUGCUCGCUAAAGAGCCUGGAGAUGUAAAACAAGCUUAUCAGCUAUUGGAGGCACUCCAAGCGUCGUUGCAGGAGCUCGAAUGUGUUGGAAAUUGCAAAGUGAAAUUGCUGUUGAAGCCAGUUAGCUUUAGGGUCAGCUCCUUCUCACCAAGGCCGAGGCCGUCAUGCGCCAGAAGUGUACGUCUCAUCCAGCGUAGCAGAUAUAAUGUGUCACUUUAGUACUCGAUUGCCGCCUGUUCGACAGAUCUUUCAUGAGGCGAGAUGGAGCCACCAAAUUCUAUGCGCUAUUCUUACGGAAGCUGGGUUAGUAACCUAGGAUAAUAUGAGACAGGAUGGGUAAUUACAGGGAAGCCAGUAAGAAACCAAUGAAUCUCUAUAGCGAUAGCUUAACAAGCCAUGUGAAAGCAUUGCCUGUUAUUGUUAGGUCCGUAAGAGCUUCUUCAGUGGUAUUGUGGCCUGUUUUCAGCCGAGGCCCCACUGGCAGCUCGCUCUGGGACCCUGCUGCCGUCCGCCACGCCCCCUUACAGCCAUCCCAAGCUGCCAAUUCGCCACGCGUCGG